GUGUGCAAUGCCCAAUACGAUUUUCAUAUUGAGUUGGCAUUUUUCAUAAUGAUAGUCGCGACCUGCGGCUGAACCGUUUUACUAUUUUUAAAUCCCAAUCGACAAAUAAAUUUUUGUUUAUCAAUAAAAUGCCUCAAAUAACCCUGCAGACUGCCAAUAUCUUUGGUAGAUAACAGAGUACCUAGAAAUAUGACGUCAUUCCAAAAACACGCUGCGAAGUGUCAGUAACAUUCUUGUGUUUACUUUGGUUUCGUGUGUUUAGAGUGUACUCAGUUUUCCCAAGAAAAACAAUGUCAGACACUGAAGAAUCUACUGGCCCAUCAUUAAAAUGUGAAGAGUUUAUAAUCACUCCCAACUUUACUCUCGAGGAUUAUGAAAAUAAUUGGGCAGAACAUUUGUGUGAUAUUGACUUUGAAGAAAGAGAUAAAAUAUUUCAUAAGUUCUAUAAUCAUAUUUGGAAUUUAUUAUUCGGACCAGAUGCAACACCAGAAACUCACAUUCGUGCUGUUCAAUUGUUGCAAAGAGAACGUUGCGAUGCAUCGUGUUUUGAUCCAUAUAUUUACAACAAUUGGAUUCGAACUGUUAAAGAUGAAAUUGUCAAACGUGAAAUGUUUGACCUUUGGAGAAAUGAAUUUGUUAAGAAACGAUUGGGAUUGCUGUGGGUGAGGGAUUGUGAUUAUUUUGAUGAUAUAAAUGAUCCAGAACCUGAGGAAUUUUACAACAAUACAUUACACCAACUUAACCCAAAUCCGUUGAUUCUGCAUGCAUAUGACGUCAUUCCAAAAACACGCUGCGAAGUGUCAGUAACAUUCUUGUGUUUACUUUGGUUUCGUGUGUUUAGAGAGUACUCAGUUUUCCUAAGAAAAACAAUGUCAGACAAUGAAGAAUCUACUGGCCCAACAUUAAAAUGUGAAGACUUUAUAAUCACCCCAGACUUUACUCUCGAGGAUUAUGAAAAUAAUUGGGCAGAACAUUUGUGUGAUAUUGAUGAAUCAAAUGACUUUGAAGAAAGAGAUAAAAUAUUUCAUAAAUUCUAUAAUCAUAUUUGGAAUUUAUUAUUCGGACCAGAUGCAACACCAGAAACUCACAUUCGUGCCGUGCAAUUAUUGCAAAGAGAACGUUGCGAUGCAUCGUUUUUUGAUCCCUUUAUCUACAACGAUUGGAUUCGUACUGUGAAAGCUGAAAUUGUGAAACGUGAAAUGUUUGACCUUUGGAGAAAUGAAUUUGUUAAGAAACAAUUGGGAUUGCUGUGGGUAAGGGAUUGUGAUUAUUUUGAUGAUAUAAAUGAUCCAGAACCUGAGGAGUUUUACAAGUUGAAUUUGUGAAAAGUUGUAAUGAGCUAUGACAAAUAAAUAAUAAAUGAAGAAUUUUAAAUAUUUAUAUUAUAAGAA